AUGGGUAAAGAUGAGUCAAAGAAUGUCAAGAUGUUCCAGCAAAUCCUCACAUCCCAAGCCUCUCAGGUUGUAACAUGUCACCAUUUCACCAAUGGCAUUCCAAGAGAUCCGUCACAUCCCCAGCAACGGCAUUCCAAGGAAUCCGUCAUAUCCCCACCAACGGCAUUCCAAGGAAUCCGUCACAUCCCCACCAUCAGCAUUCCAAGGAAUCCGCCACAUCCCCACCAUCAGCAUUCCAAGGAAUUCGUCACAUCCCCACCAUCAGCAUUCCAAGGAAUCCGUCACAUCCUCACCACCGGCAUUCCAAGGAAUCCGUCACAUCCCCACCAUCAGCAUUCCAAGGAAUCCGUCACAUCCCCACCAUCAGCAUUCCAAGGAAUCCGUCACAUCCUCACCACCGGCAUUCCAAGGAAUCCGUCACAUCCCCACCAUCAGCAUUCCAAGGAAUCCGUCACAUCCUCACCACCGGCAUUCCAAGGAAUCCGUCACAUCCCCACCAUCAGUAUUCCAAGGAAUUCGUCACAUCCCCACCAUCAGCAUUCCAAGGAAUCCGUCACAUCCCCACCACCGGCAUUCCAAGGAAUCCGUCACAUCCCCACCAUCAGCAUUCCAAGGAAUCCGUCACAUCCCCACCAUCAGCAUUCCAAGGAAUCCGUCACAUCCCCACCACCGGCAUUCCAAGGAAUCCGUCACAUCCCCACCAUCAGCAUUCCAAGGAAUUCGUCACAUCCCCACCAUCAGCAUUCCAAGGAAUUCGUCACAUCCCCACCAUCAGCAUUCCAAGGAAUCCGUCACAUCCCCACCAUCAGCAUUCCAAGGAAUUCGUCACAUCCCCACCAUCAGCAUUCCAAGGAAUCCGUCACAUCCUCACCACCGGCAUUCCAAGGAAGCCGUCACAUCCCCACCAACGAUAUUGCAAGGAAGCCGUCACCAUUCAAACAACGUCAUUCCAAGGAAGCAGUCACAUCCCACCAACGGCAUUCCAAGGAAGCCGUCACAUCCCCACCAACGGUAUUCCAAAGAAGCCGUCACAUCCCCACCAACGGCAUUCCAAGGAAGCCGUCACAUCCCACCAACGGCAUUCCAAGGAGGCCGUCACAUCCCCACCAACGGCAUUCCAAGGAAGCCGUCACAUCCCACCAACGGCAUUCCAAGGAAGCCGUCAAAUCCCCACCAACGGUAUUCCAAGGAAGCCGUCACAUCCCCACCAACGGUAUUCCAAGGAAGCCGUCACAACCUACCAACGGCAUUCCAAGGAAGCCGUCACAUCCCUACCAACGGCAUUCCAAGGAACCCGUCACAUCUUCACCAACAGCAUUCCAAGGAAGCCGUCACAUCCCCAUCAACGGCAUUCCAAGGAAUCCAUCACAACCUACCAACAUCUGA